AUGAACAUUUCACUAUUACUGUUUACGGUCUUCUGCACCAGAGCCGAGUUAUUUGAUAGUCGUAAGUCGAGAAGCAAAUCAUCGGCCAGUGAUGAGAACUUCGAAGAAGAGCUGGAAGAGGGAUACCAGUUGCUCAAAGACGAGCCGAAUGCAGAUGACACAAAGAAGCUUCUUCAGCAUUUACACAAGAUAGAGCCAGAAAUCAAACAAAAACUCACUCUAUCUCCUGAGCGAGAAGUUGAAUUACAGGAGGCAAUAGAGAAUUACUCGGAAACCAGAAAGGACAACAUUGCUGAUGCAAUUGAAGAAAUCAAUGAGAAAAGCAAAAUUAACAGAGCUCUGUUUCAAGGAGACAUGCUGCUCACUAGAGAACAAGUUGAGGAAGUCUUAGAAGAUGUUAAAGAAAGUGAAGCCAAACACCGGAAACGACAAGCAUAUCGAGACAAAUGGUAUCCUAAAACUUUGUGGUCUGAUGGAGUGUAUUACGCCUUCCACUCGAACACAACAGAUGCAGCGAAAAGAGUAUUCAGAAAAGCCGCUCUACUCUGGCAGAGCUUAACAUGCAUUAAAUUCACAGAAGACCGUAAUGCUUCAAAUAAGAUCCUUGUUAUCAAGGAGACUGGAUGUUGGUCACACGUUGGAAGAACUGGAGGUACGCAAGGUUUGUCUCUGGGCAAAGGAUGCGAGACGGUAUGA